CCGCGCUGGCUUGCCAUCCCUGUGGAAGCUUCAUGCCAUUGUCUCGUUGUCAAAAACAGUCUGUCUAGUCGGAAACUUUGAAACUGGGUAAUUAUAGUUCAGGCUUGUUUCAGACCCUGCCAAAUCCAAGUAUGAGCUUAUGAGAAGUGAGAGUUUUUCGAGUAACCCUAGUAUGCAACAAGUGGUUGAACGCAGAAAAGAGCAUUUAUAGAGAAGAGAAGCGCGGAGCAGGUGUUGCUGAAUGGCAUGAGUUGUUGAGCAGUGCCAGAAGUCAUGGCAGAGCUGGAGGUGGAUCAGUCCAACCUGCCCAGAGUCCAGGAGGUAUGCCAGUGUUUUGCUGUACUGGAGGAUGGAGCUCUAGCUCAUAACCUGCAGGAGCAGGAAAUUGAGCAGUACUACAACUCAAAUGUGCAGAGGAGUCAGCUGGUGCAAAGGGACAUCAGAGUAGCCAAGAGACUCCAGGAUGAGGAGGAGCAGAGGGCUCAGAUGCUGCAGCACCAGGCCACUCGCCAACUGGAGGAACGAGACUCAGAAUACGCACACAUGAUUCAGGAGGAGAUCCAGCGGUGUUCGGAUGAAGCUCGGAGGAGGGAGGUGGAGGACGAGGAAGUAGCAAAAAGGAUACAGGAAGAGGAAGAGCUUUAUUUGAGACACAGGAGCAGUUACCAACAUAAAGAUGGUAGAGGACCUGCUCUUAGGAGUGGAAGGGCUGCGCUUGACUUGGGAGAUUUGGAGCAAGUGCUGCUGGAUGAGGAGCUGGCCCGCAGGCUUCAGGAAGAGGAGGAGAGAUUGGCCGAAGAGACUCCGCAAGGUUCCUCUCCUCUUAGAAGGGACUGUCCUAUUGGAGACUUCAGAGCAGCACAGGUUGCUCAGGAUGAGGAAAUUGCACGUUUCAUGCAGAAACAGGAGAUAAAGACUAAACGGAGGUCUCGUGAGCUGGAACCUGUUCAAGAAUACAGAGAAAAUGAUAGGAGAACAGUAUGUGACAGACAGAGGCAGAGACUGGAUUCCGAAGGUCUUCAAUCCCCCGUUGAUGACUUCACCCCAGACAAUCAGCACCCUAGUCACAUUUCCAUGACAAUGCAACCACAAGCCAUCAGGAAUAUUGCAGAAGAGCUGGACCCCACCUUUCAAAGGAAGGACGCAGCUGAAUCAGGUCAAAGUAAUGAUUCCUGUCAAAAUCAAACUUCACAACAAGUAGGUUUGUACAGCCCCUUGGAGGAACCUAAUUUUGUGCCCCCCACGAAACGACAGAGUGACAAACUGGGACGAGUAAAGCCCAAGGAGAAAAAGGAAAAUGCAAAACAGAAAGAGAACUGCAAGCAGCAGUGAUGCUGGACAUAUAAAAGUGUGAAAUCAACUGCAAUACUGAAUUAAUAACCAAAUUAGAUUAAAGAAAUGCAUGCAUGUCCUGGCAGUUUGGGGCUUUCCAGUCUUCUGCUUUCUCCAAGACUUGGGAUACUUUUGUAAUCAACAAAUCAACUUGAACUUGCAAAACAGGGACACUCCAUCCAGAUAAUGCUGCUAUUAUUAGUAAACAUCUGUUUAAGCCAUGUCAUGCUCUUUUGGUUUGUUUCAUUUUUAUUUAGCAGCUGGUUAGAGGCUGGUAUGUAACCACAGAGGGAAAGCUACCACUAGCAGUACUUGAUAUUACACAUUUGACUUCUGGGAAAACCUGAAACGAUACUAUGCUUUGAUAAAGGAAGUUGGCACAUGGUUGAGUAAACCUCUUUGGAGUUUUUCUGCAUGACUCUUGAUCUCUCAAGAUAUUCAAGCAGGCAUUCUUUUUAAAUUGCAUGUACUUUUUUCCUGUAUUCCAGGAACUACACUAGUCUUAAUUUGCCCAAAGUGUUAUUUUCAUUUCUAAUGGUCGCCUUCAUUAUGUAAGAAGUUGUGAAAACUUUUUGCAGAACCUGGUCAUGCAUUCACAUUGUAGAAAUUAAACAUUUACUGUUUAUAAUAUUAUUUUAAUAAUAUUUAGUGGUUUACACCAUUUUGGCUUGAGUCGUCUUCCUUCUCUGUAGUGUACAUCAGCAUAGUCUAUAUAUAUAUGCAGUAGUUUUGCCAGGCUGGAGGAAAUGAAACUUCCAUGUAUUUAUGUACUGAUGCUGAAUGCUAACAUUAUACUGUAUAUGUUUUCAUUGUAUAUUAUGGCAA